UAAUGUUGCGGUACAGAAAUAUUUUGCGGCUGUCGCAGCGCCGAAACUACUCGUCUGGAGCAACAAGUGGAUCACCCGGCGGCGACAAAUCCGGCGAAGAUGAUCUGCACCCGAUAAGACGAACCCUUCGUUUGCUGGGCAACGAUAUGCGCAAAGUCAAGGAGUUCUUUGUUCCCAAGGAGAAGGAAUCUGAAGACGAUCGUAUUGCGACCCAGGGAAAGUUCCAAUUUGCCGGGGAGCGGACAAGGGAUCCAACGGCUCCAGAUGACUUUCAGACCCACUGCGAUGUGCUCAUCAUUGGCGGCGGAGGAGUGGGCAGCUCCAUUGCCUACUGGCUGAAGGAGAAGGCUCGCGAUGGCCUCAAUGUGAUGGUGGUGGAGAAGGAUGAUACAUAUGCCCACUCCGCCACCCGCGUUUCUGUGGGCGGCCUUUGCCAGCAGUUCUCCCUGCCCGAAAACAUACAGAUGUCGCUCUUUGCCGCCGACUUCUUGCGCGGCGCCAAGGAGCACUUUGGCCAGGAGGUGCCCCUUCAAUUCACCCCACAUGGCCACCUCAUGUUAGCCAACGAUGAGCACGCCGAAAGCCUGAUGCGCUCCUCCCAGCUGCAAAACGAACUGGGCGCCCGGAACGAAGUGCUCACGGCGGAUCGACUGGCGGCGCGAUUUCCCUGGCUGAACGUCAGCGGCGUCGCCUUGGGAUGCCUUGGCCUGGAGAAGGAGGGCUGGUUCAAUCCCUUGGCUCUGCUCAGCAAUCUCCGGCGUUCGGCCAGCGGCUACGGCGCACACUUCCUCAGCGGCCAGGUGGUUGGCUUCGAAUUCAAGUCCCAAACAGACAUAUCCGUGGUCGGAGAUGCCGGCGCCAACGAGGGCAACUACACGGGUCUGGAAAAGGCGGUAAUCCAACUGCCCGACGGCACGAGACGUAGUUGCAAGUUUGCCCUGUGUGUGAUUGCAGCGGGCGCCAGUUCGGGAAAGGUGGCACGAUUGGCGAAGAUUGGAGUGGGCCCAGGAAUGCUGCAGGUUCCGCUGCCCAUCGAUGAAAGGAAGCGGUUUAUGUACGCCCUCAAUUCGCAGGCUCAAAGUGCACCUGGCAUGGCGAUGCCCAUGACUAUUGAUCCAUCGGGCAUCUUUAUACGUAGAGAUGGCCUGGGUGGUAACUACAUAUGCGGGAUGGAUUCCUAUGAGGAGGGGAAUUUGCACUCCUUCGAUCAACACAUCAGAUCCAAGCUAGCGGAGCGCAUACCCGCCCUUGGAGAAGCUCAAGUCUUGGACAGCUGGACGGGCAGCUACGAUCAGAAUGUCUACGACGAGAACGGCAUCUUGGGCGCCCAUCCGUACUACCACAAUCUUUAUCUGGCCACCGGUUUCAGCGGCCACGGAGUCCAGCAAUCCCUGGCCGUGGGCAGAGCCAUAUCCGAGUUGAUCAUGGACGGCCAGUUCCGAACCAUCGACCUGUCGCGCCUGAGCUUCGACAGGCUGAUUGUGGACCAACCCAUGUACGAGUUGAAUAAUGUUUUAAGCUAGAAUUGUUGAUGGGUGCAUUGCGAACUAAAUGCAGCUAAUUUAAUGUGUGAAA